CCUGUGGGCGUGUGUGAAAUUAGCUACAAGCAUCGACCCUUAAGCAACACAAACACAACACGGUUUGGAAUAUAUUAUAUAUAUUACAAACACGUACAAAGGAUCGAAACUGAAGGAAGAGAUGCCUUCUCUAACAUCUGAGAAUAUCUUCUAGACUUGGUUUCCUUUUCUCCGAGUUCUCUCCCAACUCUUUAUUAAUUUAAAUAUUUAAACUUCAUUACAUAUGGCAAACCUACGAUCUGAGAGCCUAUUUGGAUCUUUCAUCUCUGCCGUGAUCAGCUACUGUUUCAGCUAUCAAGCAAGCUACAAGACCAAAGACCACCUCAUACACGUGCACGACAUGCCUAAGGGUCGUCGCCCUCUUUCUUUACAGACCAUCGAGCUUCAAGUCAGGAUGUGCUGCACCGGAUGCGAGCGGGUUGUCAAAAGUGCCAUCCACAAGCUUAGAGGGGUUGAUUCAGUGGAAGUGGAGCUAGAAAUGGAAAAGGUGACGGUGAUUGGUUAUGUGGAUCGGAACAAGGUGUUGAAGGCUGUGAGGAGAGCUGGGAAGAGGGCAGAAUUUUGGCCUUUCCCCAACCCACCACUAUACUUCACAUCCAGUAGCACCUACUUCAAGGACAUGAAUAAUGAAUAUAAAGAGAGCUACAAUUACUAUAGACAUGGAUACAACAUUGGUGAUAGGCAUGGCAACAUUCCUGUUAGCCAAAGGGGGGACGACAAAGUCAGUAACAUGUUUAACGAUGACAAUGUUAACGCCUGCUGUGUCAUGUAGCAACAUCUUCGGUUUACUGUAGAAUAACUUGGCUUUAAUUCGGAUAAGGAUUGAUGGUUGAUAAAUAUGCCAG